UCGCGGGCUGCCUGGUCCUCCUCGGAGCGCUCUCGUUUCCUGGAGACGGUCGCUUUGGGCUUCCAUCUUUCCUUCGUGGCUCGCGGAUGUCGGAGGAGAUAGCUAGCAAACCUGUCGGGAAGAUGGGAGGCGAAGAGAAGCCGGUCGGUGCUGGGGAAGACAGACGCAAGGAAGGGGGCAAGAAGAAGAAUAAGGAGGGCGCCGGGGACGGGGGCCGAGCCGAGUUGAGUCCUUGGCCUGAGUACAUUAACACUCGUCUUGAGAUGUACAACCAGCUCAAAGCAGAGCAUGAGUCCAUCUUGGCGGAGAGAGCGGAAAAAGACAGCAAGCCAAUUAAAGUCACUCUGCCGAACGGCAAGCAGGUUAAUGCAGAGUCUUGGAAAACAACACCCUAUCAGGUUGCUUGUGGAAUUAGUCAAGGCCUGGCCGACAACACCGUCAUCGCGAAAGUGAAUAAAGUUGUGUGGGACCUUGACCGCCCUCUGGAAGAAGAUUGUACCAUAGAGCUUCUCAAGUUUGAGGAUGAAGAAGCCCAAGCGGUGUACUGGCACUCCAGUGCUCACAUAAUGGGCGAGGCGAUGGAGAGGGUCUAUGGUGGAUGCUUGUGCUACGGCCCGCCCAUAGAGAAUGGAUUCUACUACGACAUGUACCUGGAGGAAGGGUGUGUGUCCAGCAAUGACUUUUCCUCCUUGGAGGCUUUAUGUAAGAAAAUCAUUAAGGAAAAACAAGCUUUUGAAAGACUGGAAGUCACGAAAGAAACUUUGCUGGAAAUGUUUAAGUAUAACAAGUUCAAAUGCCGGAUACUGAAUGAAAAAGUGACUACUCCAACCACCACAGUGUACAGGUGCGGCCCUCUGAUAGAUCUCUGCCGGGGUCCACAUGUCAGGCAUACUGGCAAGAUUAAGACAUUGAAAAUACACAAAAAUUCCUCCACAUAUUGGGAAGGCAAAGCAGAUAUGGAAACUCUCCAGCGAAUCUAUGGGAUUUCAUUCCCAGAUCCGAAAAUGUUGAGAGAAUGGGAGAAGUUCCAAGAGGAAGCGAAGAACCGCGAUCACAGGAAAAUCGGGAGGGACCAAGAACUUUAUUUCUUCCAUGAACUCAGCCCUGGAAGUUGCUUUUUCCUGCCAAAGGGAGCCUACAUUUAUAAUACACUUACUGACUAUAUCAGGAGUGAAUACAGGAAGCGUGGGUUCCAGGAGGUGGUCAGCCCGAACAUCUACAACAGCCGACUCUGGGUGACCUCGGGCCACUGGCAGCACUACAGCGAGAACAUGUUCUCCUUUGAGGUGGAGAAGGAAACCUUUGCCCUGAAGCCCAUGAACUGCCCGGGACACUGCCUGAUGUUCGAUCACCGGCCACGGUCCUGGAGAGAGUUGCCUCUGCGGCUCGCUGAUUUCGGGGUGCUUCACAGGAACGAGCUGUCGGGGGCACUCACGGGGCUCACCCGCGUGCGCAGGUUCCAACAGGACGACGCCCACAUCUUCUGUGCCAUGGAGCAGAUCGAGGACGAAAUCAAAGGUUGCUUGGAUUUUCUACGCACCGUGUAUACUGUAUUUGGAUUUUCUUUUAAACUCAACCUUUCCACUCGUCCAGAAAAAUUCCUGGGAGAUAUUGAAAUCUGGAACCAAGCUGAGAAACAACUGGAAAAUAGCCUGAAUGAAUUUGGUGAAAGGUGGGAAUUGAACCCCGGAGAUGGAGCAUUUUAUGGCCCAAAGAUCGACAUCCAAAUUAAAGAUGCCAUUGGCCGGUACCACCAGUGUGCAACGAUCCAGCUGGAUUUUCAGUUGCCCAUCAGAUUUAAUCUUACAUUUGUGAGCCAUGAUGGCGAUGACAAGAAAAGGCCCGUGAUCAUUCACCGAGCCAUCCUGGGCUCCGUGGAGAGAAUGAUUGCCAUCCUCACGGAGAACUACGGAGGCAAAUGGCCCUUCUGGCUGUCUCCUCGCCAGGUCAUGGUCGUUCCUGUGGGGCCCACCUGUGACGAAUAUGCCCAAAAGGUAAGACUGCAAUUCCAUGAUGCUAACAUCAUGGCAGAUGUGGAUCUGGAUCCAGGCUGCACGCUGAACAAGAAGAUCAGACACGCACAGUUGGCACAGUAUAACUUCAUUCUGGUUGUUGGGGAAAAGGAGAAAACUAGUGGCACCGUGAACAUCCGCACGAGGGACAACAAGGUGCACGGAGAGCGGACCGUGUCCGAGACGCUGGAGCGGCUGAAGCAGCUGAAGCAGUCCUGCAGCAGACACGCUGAGGAAGACUUCUGAGGGCGAAGGUUCCCGAGCAGAGGCUCCAUGGCCUGCAGACACUGGACUGGCCAUGCUGUCAAGUCUUCUCGACAGGUUGUGGACAAUGUGUAUUUGAAGGAAUUAAUUAAAGGAUUCAUUAAAGUGAUUUUAUUCA